AUGCCUGCUGCGUGGAAAGCCGCCGGUUUGACUUACAACCGCUACCUGGCCAUCGCCGCCCGAGCUGUCCGCCGCAGCCUCAAGGAGGAGAGCCGAAUCGCUGCCGAACGCCGUGGCGACAUGGAACUUCGCUUCGCAAAGUGGCAGAACGGCAAGCAGGGUGAUGUCAAGGACCUCGCCUCCGCCAACGCGGCCGCCAUGACCGAGAACGCCUCCUGA